AUGAGUCAUCAAUCUUUGGAUAAUGAUUCUGCCUGCACCACAGCCUCUCAGCCGCGGCGUCUACCCUACACUGGUUCAUGCCAUUGCGGGAAUAUUCGCUAUGUCGUCUUCCUGACUCUCCCUCCUGCAUCGCUUGUCGGUGUUACUAAACCGCCGCCAUCGCGAGGAGUUCAGCACAUGUACAGAUGUAAUUGCACGAUCUGCCACAAGACGGGGUUUCUGCAUGUCCGUCCUGCGUCUGCAUUCGAUGACUUCUUCCUGCUGUCUCCGCUAGACCCGCUCGACAGCUUGGGCGAUUAUCAGUUUAAUAAGCAGACGCUGCACAAUCUCUUUUGCAAGACCUGCUCGGUACGAUGUUUCACCAUCCAUGGCGAGGGAGAAAUCGUCGAGACUAGUCUGCUAAAAGCAAUUGUCUUCCCUGGUACCACGCCUAGCUCUGAGGGUGAAUCCGUCUCUGUCAAGGCUUGGAGACUCAAGCCGGUAGAAUUGACUGAAGGCAUCCCUCACAAGGGCUCAUAUCUCAGCGUCAAUGGGCAUACAGUUGAUGCCGGACAGGAGGGGUUUGAUCUGAGAGAGUGGGUGGAAAGCAAAUCUAUCGGAUAUAUUGAUAUCCUUCAUGGGCGCGAUGAAAGGAAGCCGGCCCGUUGUGAUAGGCCACAAAUAGGUGGCUCAUACUAA